UCUCCGCGGGGUGAGCGACCGAGUCUGGGUGCCGGGGCGGUCGUAGUGCCUGCUGAGCUAGUGGGCUUUUGCCCUGCCCACCAUGUCUGCCUUCGACACCAACCCCUUCGCGGACCCGGUGGACGUGAACCCCUUUCAGGAUCCGUCUGUGACCCAGCUAACCAAUCCCCCUCAGGGUGGCCUGUCAGAAUUCAAUCCCUUUUCAGAGACUCCCAGGCUGACAAAUGCAGCAGGAACAACAGUCCCAGCUACCCAGCCCACUGGGCCAUCACAGCCUGCAGUCCUCCAGCCCUCAAUGGAACCAACACCUCAGGCUGUGGCCUCUGCUGCCCAAGCUGGCCUACUGCAGCAGCAGGAGGAGCUUGAGAGGAAAGCUGCUGAGCUGGACAGGAAGGAACGAGAGUUGCAGAAUGCAGCAGCUAACCUGCAUGUGAGGCCAAACAAUUGGCCCCCACUGCCCGCAGGGUGUCCCAUCAAGCCUUGCUUCUACCAGGAUUUCUCAGCAGACAUCCCAGCUGACUACCAGCGGACAUGCAAGAUGCUAUAUUACCUUUGGAUGUUGCAUUCAGUGACUUUGCUCCUGAAUCUUCUUGCCUGCCUGGCCUGGUUCUAUGCCAAGGAUUAUAGGGGGGUUGACUUUGGCCUUUCAAUCCUGUGGUUUGUGCUCUUCACCCCAUGUGCUUUCAUCUGUUGGUACCGACCCAUCUACAAGGCCUUCAGGUCUGACAACUCCUUUAGCUUCUUCGUGUUCUUUUUUGUAUUUUUCUGCCAAAUUGCCAUCUACAUCAUCCAGCUGGUGGGCAUCCCAAGCUGGGGGAAUAGUGGCUGGAUCGCCGCCUUGUCGACACUCAAGUCUGAUGUGCCGGUGGCUGUCUCAGUCAUCAUGAUGGUGGUGGCUGGCUUCUUCACCCUCUGUGCCGCCCUGUCCCUCUUCCUCCUGAAGCGGGUGCACUCCCUGUACCGCCGGACAGGCGCCAGCUUCCAGCAAGCCCAGGAGGAGUUCUCGCAGGGCAUCUUUUCCAGCAGGACCUUCCGGAACACAGCCGCGUCCGCCGCCCGGGGAGCGUUCCAGGGGAAUUAGCCUUCACCGGCAGGCGGGCGUCCUUUUCUCUUCCGGCCUUCUCACCUUACUCUCCUUGCCGCCUCCUCCCGAGAUGCACUUGCCGGGGUGCCCGCUUACCACUCGGUUCUGGUUCCGGUUGAGAUAGACACGAGUCUCCCCUUUGGCUCCUCACCUGUUUCUCCAUAGCCAGCCUUCCCUCCCUCCCUGCCAGGACAGUUUUGUAUACACACAUUCACACCCCCCUUAGCCCAGCUUUCUCUUUCUGUGUGCCUGGUCAUUUGGUGCAGUUCCUGCCCGAGGAUGGGCUGGGCUGCCCCUGCCUGGGCUUUCAGAUCUUUGGGGCUGGGAGAAGGAGGGCAGCCGUCCCGGAUUCUUACUUUGGACCAGAGACCGGGAUGAUCUCCCCUUUCCCACUGCCCAUGUGCUGUGGAGAAGCCUGGUUCAGAACACUAAGGGAGCCAGCGCCAUCUCUAGCCCCUUUCCCUCCAGGCCUCCCCCCCAGGGGCCAGGCCGGAGCCCCUCUGCCUGGGGAAGAGUGUGUGGUUUUCAGAACUAGAAUCACAAGCCUUAAGCAGAAAGUGCCUUAAUAUUCCCACACCGAGUGUGGCCCCCUGUGAGCUGCCAGCAGUGCCUGGGGGCUGCCCAGGCAGAGGGGCUGCUGGGAGUGCUGCUGCUUCCAUGCUUCCUCCCUGCUGCCUCCUCCCAGAAGGGUUUGGGCCGGGGUGCAGCCCUGACUCUUGGCGGUGGAGAGGAGAGCCUCUCCGUCCCAGGAGCCUCUGGGGUGGGGGUGGAGGGCUGAGGUUUCUGCUUUGUGAACAGGACCCCUCCCCCAUGCUGUUUGCCCAUCUUGCAGCUGAGCCUGCCUAGCCAUAGUGGCCGUGACUGAGAUUUUAGGAACUCCCUCCUCCCCUUCCUGAGAUUUAUUUUUCUUCUCUGUGUACAAAUGUAUAUGUCAUUGUCUUAACUUUUGUGCUUUAAAUAAAAACGAUAAGAGUACAAGGA